AUGUUUCCUGAAGCAAUCGCUGUUGGUGAUCUUGUUAAAAAUAUUUCAAAAGUACAAUAUGAUGAAUUUGGUGAUGGUACAACAUCUGUUGUUGUUUUAGCUAUUGAACUACUUCGAGAUAAAACUGAUUUACAAGGUAUUCAAAUAAUAAAACUUUUAGAAAAUAAUCUUAAUGAUUCAUACCUUGAAGAAGAAAAACAUAUUGGUAUGAAUAUGCCGAAACGUAUUGAAAAUGCUCGUAUUUUAAUUGCAAAUACAUCAAUGGAUACAGAUAAAAUAAAAAUAUCUGAUUCAUCUGUGCAUAUUGAUUCAAUUGCUAAACUAGUUGGAUUAUAA